AUGUUUUUAUACUAUUGGUUUAUAGCUUUCUUGGCAGGCUUGACUGCCGCAGGCUCGCUCAAAGAGCUGCAGAUUGGCGUUACCAAAAGGAUCCCGCAGGAUCAAUGCCAUAUCAAGGCCAAAGCUGGUCACACUGUGGAAGUCCACUACACUGGUUACUUGAGAGAUAGUCUGGAGAAGUUUGACUCAAGUUAUGGAAGAGGAGUGCCCAUUUCGUUCAAGCUCGGGAGCGGCCAAGUUAUCAAGGGCUGGGACCAGGGCCUGCUAGGAAUGUGCAUAGGAGAGGAACGUAAGAUACAAAUCCCCAGCGACUUAGCAUAUGGCGAGAGAGGUAUUCCUGGCGUCAUACCAAAAAACGCCGAUAUGAUCUUCGAUGUGAAGUUAGUUAGUAUAAGCUAA